AUCGUUUUCACAUUUUUCUGUUCUUAUAUUCCUUAUUUACUUUUAAAUUUUGAUAAACCAAAAUGGCUGUUUUUUCACCGAGAAAGUUCUCUUUUUCGAUUAUUUUCCUUGGGCUGAUGACGGUUCUACGCUCACAGGCGGCAUUGGAUGUUCAUUAUUAUGAUCGAACAUGUCCUGAAGCUGAGAAAAUUAUAAGAUACACUGUAUUGAAUGCCUCCAUGCAUGAUGCUAAAGCUCCCGCUCGGAUUCUUAGGAUGUUCUUUCAUGACUGUUUCAUAAGGGGAUGCGAUGCAUCGGUGUUGUUGGACUCGACUCCGCAAAAUCAAGCGGAGAAAGAUGGUCCUCCUAAUAUCUCUCUUCGAGCAUUCUAUGUGAUUGACGACGCGAAAACUAAGCUUGAAUCGGCGUGUCCGAAGGCGGUCUCUUGUGCUGAUAUAGUCGCCAUUGCAGCCAGAGAUGUAGUAGCAAUGUCAGGAGGGCCUUUUUGGAACGUACUUAAAGGCAGAAAAGAUGGCAGAAUCUCCAAGGCUUCCGAAACCAUCAACUUACCAGCCCCAACUUUCAACGUUUCAACACUCAUUCAAAGCUUCACUAAGCGAGGUUUAGGGGUCAAGGACUUAGUAGCCCUAUCCGGAGGUCACACCCUAGGAUUCUCACACUGUUCUUCAUUCCAAGCUCGGCUCCAUAAUUUCAGCUCGGUUCAGGACAUCGACCCUACAAUGAACCCUGAAUUCGCAGAAACACUGAAGAAGAAAUGCCCGAAACCAAAUAAAAAUGGCAAUGCAGGACAGUUCUUGGACUCCACGGCAUCAACUUUCGAUAAUAAUUAUUACAAACAACUGUUGGCAGGGAAAGGUGUGUUCGGAUCCGAUCAAGCACUGUAUGGUGAUUAUAGGACUAAAUGGAUUGUUGAAUCAUUCGCUAAUGAUCAAAGUUUGUUCUUCAAAGAAUUUGCCACAUCGAUGGUGAAGCUUGGGAAUGUAGGGGUGAUGGAAAAUGGAGAAGUGAGAUUGAAUUGCAGAGUGGUAAAUUGAGGGCUUGAGAAAAAGAGAGAGAAUGAGAGAGAAUAACAGAGAUUGAGCGGCAAUAAAAGACUGCUUUCUUUUUUCUUUGUUUCGUUGUGUGAAUUCAUGUUGUGAUUAAUAAGUUUCUUGUACUUUAAGGUACAUAAUGAUCGGUGCAUUAUAUACCAGAAGAAAUAAAAUUUACUGUAAUUUUACGCAAUAA